AUGAAGCUUAGCAUGGUUCGGCUGGUUGGCCUCUGCCUAUUCCUGGCAUGGCAGCCGGCAGAGUCCGCCAGUGUCCUUACGAAGGUACUGUCCAUGCUGAAGACAAUGAAAGAAGCGGGUGAGAAGGAGAAACAGGAUGAAGCAGUGCAGUAUGCUUCAUACAAGACCUGGUGUGAGGGAGAGACCUUGACCAAGACCAGAGAGGUUGGAGAGCUUUCCGACCAAGCGGAGCUGCUUAAAGCUGAGAUAGAGACUGCGGAGGCUUCGAGCGUCACCUUCAAUGAGAAGCUUGAAGGCCUUGCAGCUGAUGUGACCAAGUGGACCCUGGAGAGGGACAAUGCCACGGCCCUCCGAAAGGAGCAGAAGGCCACCUAUCAGGAGACUCACAAGGACUACACUGAGUCCAUCCAGGCAAUCAUGGGAGCCCAGAAGGUUCUCAAGGAGGAGGCCGGCUCAGCCAAGGCGCUGGCCCUCCUGGCCACCCUUCCGCUUCCGGCCGCGGAGGCGAAGAAGGUCACUGCCUUCCUGGCCAUGUACCACUCCGAUGAGGAGUCCCGGAAGCCCGAAGGCUUGGACUCCUUCGACCUCGCAACCUCCAGCAUCAAGGACAUGCUGGACCAGCUCCGUGACAGGUUCGCCGACGAGCGAAGUGAGCUUGAGAAGGAGGAGACCAAGCGCGUCCACGCGUAUGACCUCCUGGCCCAGAAGACCAAGACGAUGCUUAGCCAGACGAAGGCAUCGCAGCAAGAGAUGACCCAGAGCAAGGCCAAUGCCCUUCAGAGCCUGGCAGCCACGAAAGCGCAGCUCCAGGACACCGAGGCAUCUGUGACCGAACAGAAGAAGUACUUGGAAGAAGUGAAGGCCACCUGUCAGCAAAAAGCCUCCGACUUCGCGGAUCGCAGCAAGCUGCGGGAGGGCGAGCUUGCAGCCAUCGGCAAGGCCAUCGACCUCCUCUCUUCCAAGGAGGUGGCCCUCACCCAGACCCGGCUGCAGCUGAAGGCCGGCACCGCACUGGUGUCUCUGCGCCUUGCGCCAGAGGCUGAGGCCCGGGCGGCCAAGUAUCUUCAGAAGCAAGCCAUGAAGUUCAACAGCCGCAUCCUCUCGUCAAUGGCUUCUCGCAUCGGGCAGUCUGCGGACCCCAUGGCCAAAGUCCGGAACAUGGUUGAGGGCCUCAUCACCAAACUUGAGGAGGAGUCGACUGAGGACAUGGAGCAUAAGGAUUGGUGCGAGAAAGAGAUGGGUCAGAAUGAGAAGGCCCGCACCUCCCAUGAGACAGACGUGGACGAGACGCAGGCCAAGGUCGAAUCUGUGGAGAGCGAGGUCGCAAAACUUGCCUCCGAAAUCACGGAGCUCAUUAGCCAGUUGGCCGAGAACAAGGAGAGCUUGUCCAACCAGACGGAGGCACGUGAAGCCGAGCAAGUCGAGAACAACAAGACCAUCACGGAUGCCAGGGAGGCUUACAAGGCCGUCACCGAGUCGAUCGCGGUCCUCCGGGAGUACUACGCAAGCAUGAAAAAGAGUUCCUUCAUCCAGACUGGCAAGAUUGAAGCCGCCCCAGAGGUUUUCGAUGGCGCGUACACCGGGCAAGGCAGUGACAGUGUCAUCGCAAUGUUGGAGGUGGUCCAGUCUGAUUACUCCAAGCUGGAGAGCACCACAGAAGCCCAGGAAAUGACUGCGGAUAAGGACUUCACCCAGCUCAAGUCGGAAAUGGCUGUUCUGGAGGUCCAGCAGCAGAAGGACUUGGAGCACAAGAAGCUGCAAAAAGGUCAGAAGGAGACGGGUGUAUGA